AUCAUCCACAUAUUAUUUCCUAUUUAAAUACAAGACAAGAAUAUAAUAUAUAUAUAUAUUUGUAUCUUAAAAAGGGGGUCGUUAUGCAACACCCUUCUUUUGUCAAUCUUUUCUUUCUGCCAUGACCUCCUCAUUUUCACCUCACCAACCCAUCGACAAACACGACUAUACACACCACCUUCCCUCCCUAUCUUCAUCAUCCUCACCAUCGCCUCAAAGCCAGCAUGAACAACUCAAUACAGCAGACUGGGCCCACGCACAAGACAAGGAUUAUACCAUGGAAGACAGCUUCUUAUAUCUUACAGAAUGUCUUGCACAAGAUCAGGAAGAAACACCAUUCACAUUAAACACCAAUAUUAAACCUGAACUACAGAUUCGGGUACACGGUGUGCCGAGUACGGGAGCAAAAUCGCGAGUGGAAACACAAAUCAAGUUGUGUGUUCAGUUGGUUACAAACCAAGAUGCCAAAGUACAAAACUGGUCUUAUCUGCGUCUACAUGACAACAUGUUAGCCCGGUCCAAACAGAAAAAAUCACAGCAGAAAUCGCGUAUGGACGGCAAUCUGUCAACUCUCCUGUCAGACGAGUCAAAUAUCCUCACCCUCGAGGCAAAGGUGAUCUGCGCAAGUAACGAGGCCAAGCAAGUCCGCAUGUGUCACGGCUGCGUCAAGCGAGAGCGUAAGAGAGCCGAGAGAUCCAAAGACGGAAAAACCCCAGACAUUGGGUUUGCCACACCAAACGAAGACGAACAUCUAGAAGCUGAACGCGACCGAAUCCUUUUAUUUAACUGUGGCCCAAUGGUCAGUUUUAGCUCUGGAGAUGCCAUCUUGCCAACAAGAAUUACUUGUUACUGUCGCCAUCACAACGAGAAAAUCGGUUUUAGGGUCCGCUUUACGAUGCGCAAUGAUCGCGGUACACUGGUCGCUACUGGUGACUCACCCCCUAUUCUGAUCACAGACGACCACAAGAGCCUCAAACAACGAGGACGGAAGCGUAGUCGACAGGAUACCCCCGACUCACCAAUAAUACCAUCCAGACGAACCUCAGUCACAGACUCUCCAUCUCCAGAAAUACCAAACAUUGCCCUCCCAACACCUGUCAAAGACCUGCCCAGAUGGCUCCAAUGUAUACCAACUCCAACAACUUCUCUCUUGGAUUUCAUCGAACAAUCUCCAGGGCCACAUCAGGAUGACAUUGCCAAUCCUUUUCCGGAAGAGUGGCCAUUCAAUCAGCGCAGAAGAACCUUCUCCACACAACUUUCAACUCCUCCCAUACCCUUAUCCUUACCCUUAUCCCCACACCCAUACCAGAGCCAGAGCCAGCACCAAUAUCAUCAACACGAGCCUACUUCACCAGUGGUAGUACCUCACAUAGAUCGCAUUGUACCCAAUCGAGGCCCUACCUGUGGCGGUACAGAAAUCACCAUACUCGGCUCCGGGUUCUGCCGCGACCUCACCUGCGUGUUUGGCGAGCAUGCUGCCAAAACAGUCUACUGGAAUACAAACACCCUCGUGUGUGUGCUUCCUCCCGUCACCACGCCUGGUCCUGUCGUCGUGACAUUUAAAGAACAUCCGCUAGUACUUGGUGGCCAAGAUAUCACAUUAUUUACGUACUAUGACGCCGCCUUGCUAGGCUAUGAAGAACUUGUGGCUGCCCUUCUUCCCGCUACGACCAACAUUGAUCUUCCAGAUAAGAACGGUUGCACUGCAUUCCAUCUCGCGUGCACUACACCAUCUUUGGCAGUCUGCAAGCUCCUGAUUGAAGCAGGUGCCGAUCCACUUGCACCCUGUGGUAUAGCGAGUGUUCGCGAAAAUACCUCUAAUGUUCUCAAGAUGCUGGCAUCUAUUGACAUAUCCAAUUCAUUCAUUCCAAAACAUGCAAAUCCCUUUCAAUCACAUUACUUUAACAAAUCAAUUGCCCGUCGAGGUGCAUCGAUCUCAACAUCAACCUCAAGUACACCAUCCUCACCUUCAUUAUCUCUAUCCGAUCUUCCUCUCUUGGCUUCUCUUCUUUCUAUAGUUCAAAGUUAACAAUAAGAAAACAAUCAAAAAAAAACCAAAACCAAAAACAAAAUUCAUUCGAAAGACAGAAAAGAAAGAGAGAACUAAAAGACUAAUAGUCUAGAUAAUUAUACCCCCCCUCCCUUACCCGCCUUCAUUAACCGCUCUCACCAUUGUCACUGUUGCUUCCAAAUCAUUUAUACACAUACACACAUACACAUACACACAUACACAUACACAUACACAUACACAUACACAUACACAUACGCAUACAAACAUACAUCAUGCAUUUUUAUUUUUAUUUUUAUUUUAAAAAGAAAUUCUACCUUGACUUGUAGUUAGCCGCUAUCAUCUUUACACCCACCCACCCAUUUAUAUAUAUAUAUAUAUAUAUACCAGUCUAUUAUAUUAUUUAUCAAGUAAUAAAACUUAUGCC